AUGGCAUCAAUCCCUAGGACAAUCGCUGGACCUCCGUCAGUGACAAGGAUCCCACUGUUCCUGGCGCCAGCCUUCGCGAGGCCAUCCACCAUCACAGCAACCUCAUCAACGCCUAUCAUUCGAUCUUAUGCGACACAAAAGGAGGAGAAGAAAAGCCACACAAAUUGGGCACUACAUGCACGUCCUAAAAUUGAUCGGAACAAGAAAAGAGGUGUCUCCGCUAUUCGACGGACUGGACCCAGGAGUAUGCGAGGGCUCUGGAAAUACCCUCUUCCAGUGCCUGUAGCACGAGAUCACAGAGGAACGGCGGCAGAAUAUGCAGAAUCUGCCGAUCAUGGGCUCUGGGGAUUUUUCGACAAGUCCAAGCAGGCACUGCUUGCACCAGAUGAUGAAUCGAGCCAUGGACGGGCUUGGACGUACAAGGAGCUAUCCGUCAAAUCUUUCGAGGAUCUCCAUAAACUCUACUGGGUGUGUGUGAAGGAACAGAAUCGAACUCUGACUCGAGAAAAAGAAAGACAACGUCUGAGGGCAGGUUAUGGUGAAGUGGAAAGUGAGGAGAGAGUGGCUGUUGUACGGGAAACGAUGAGCCUCAUCAGAGAAGUCCUGAUCGACCGCCAAUUGUCAUACAAUCAAGCUCGAACGUUGGUUGGACAGAGAGAAGUGGCCGACAUUCUUGGAGAACCACAGUCUGUUCUGGAGGAUGACAACUCAUCGGAUCAGAUGGAAACGAUGUCACAACGUCGGUGA